GUCAGUUGACUGAGAAAAAGUUUACAACCUUCACGAGAAUGAGGACAUCUGUUUACGUUGCUGUGCUGGCGCUGCUGUUGGGCAGUGUGACGACGUCCGACGAGCAUGACCGCAGUCACCUAGUCGAAAAGCUGCUGCGCCUCGGCUCUGGACAACUUGCUGCAAAGCUGAUACCAGGCCUUAAACUCACUCACGUCGGUGCUGUUAGACCCAUUUCCGGUGACGACCUGGUAGUCAGCCAACUCUCCUUCUCACUGGAUUCUACAACCCAAGAUGUGGAAGGAGUCCUGAGUGACCUUACCAUCUCUGGAAUCUCAUCGCUUAAAGUGAAGAGAACUGGUAGAACCAUCGAAGUUAGCGGAGACAUCACUAUGGAAGGAAACUACGAGCUGGCCGGCACUGUGAGAGAGGGCCGUCUGGACGGGGCAGGAGCAAUCAGCAUAAAUGCGCCUGGUUUUCAAGCCUCAGCUACUGCAGAUACCACACCGAUUGACGACACCACAGCUAACGUCAACUCUGUGCAGUUAUCAGUGUCUGCACCAUCUGUUACGAUAACUUACGAGAACCUGGUACUUGACAGCUCAGGUGUAGAAGAAUUUCUGAAAGACCUUUUGGAACAUUAAAACAAUGUAAAAGGUUAUUGUGCAAUGUGCUACUGGCUGAUCGAAAAGAGGAAUAGCAGAAGAAGGUUUCCCAUCAGAAUUUGCAAAAAUUCUACACUGUUGGUGGAUUGGUGUUCAACAUCACGUUCAUACCUCAGACUUCAUACCGUGGCUGUAAUUUCAAUUGCAUGUUGUAAGAAAAUAAAAAUAAAGAUUUAGAAAGUAAA